AUAUAUUCUACUAAAAUGCUUAAAUUAUUAACGCUCAUUUUGGUAAUUCUAGUAGAUUUAGCUAGAAAUGAAGUUUAUAAAUCCCCUGAACAAAUUCACCUUAGUCUUGGAGAAUCCCCUAAUGAAAUGGUGGUAACAUGGAUUACUCAACAAAAUACAAAUUCAACAAUAGUGGAAUAUGGUGAAAAAGAAUUUGAUAAAUUUGAAAAGGGAAGUUCGAUAAAAUUUACUGAUGGAGGACCGGAAAGAAGAGAAUUCUUUAAUCAUCGUGUUGUUCUAAGAGAUUUAAAACCGGGCACUAUGUACAUUUACCAUUGUGGUUCACCAGACGGCGGCUGGAGUAGCGUAUAUUUUUUUAGGGCGAUUAAAGAUGGAUCACACUGGUCUCCUAGAUUUGCAAUUUAUGGUGAUAUGGGAAAUGUUAAUGCCCAAUCCCUUUCCCGGUUGCAAGAAGAAGUGCAGCGAGGUCACUUCGACGCAAUCCUCCAUGUUGGGGACUUUGCUUAUAAUUUGGAUACUGACGAUGCCAAAGUUGGUGACGCCUUCAUGAAUCAGAUUCAAUCAAUCGCUGCCUACGUUCCUUAUAUGACAUGCGCAGGAAAUCAUGAACAAAACUACAACUUCUCGAAUUAUAUGAGCCGUUUUUCUAUGCCUAAAGCUCAAGGCGAUGGCCAUAAUAUGUUUUUUAGUUUUGAUAUCGGCCCAGUUCAUUUUAUUAGUUUUUCGUCGGAAUAUUACUAUUUUACAAAAUAUGGAUGGAAUCAGAUUGCUAAUCAAUAUCGAUGGCUAGAGUCUGAUUUAAAGAAAGCAAAUUUACCCGAAAGAAGAAAGAAAACACCCUGGAUUAUUGCUAUGUUUCAUAGACCUUUAUACUGUUCAAAUGCAGAUGAUCCAGAACAUUGUACCAAUGCUGAAAAUAUUAUUAGAAUUGGUUUUCCUUUUGGAGAAGAUUAUGGUAUUGAAAAAUUACUUUAUAAAUACGGGGUAGAUGUUGCCUUUCAAGCUCAUGAACAUGCCUACGAAAGAAUGUGGCCAGUUUACAAUUUAACAGUUUGCAAUGGCUCGGCAAAUAAUCCUUAUUUAAAUCCUUCAGCCCCUGUUCAUAUUGUUACUGGUUCGGCCGGUUGUCAGGAAGGAGUUGAUCCAUUUUUACCAUUACCUAAUACCUGGAGUGCUUUUCAUAGCGAUGAUUAUGGAUAUGCAAGAAUGACUGUUCUGAAUUCAAGUCAUUUACACAUCGAACAAGUAUCGGACGAUCAGAAUGGUAAAGUUAUCGAUAGUAUGACAUUAAUAAAAAAUAAGCACGGCGCUGGAACUUAUAAUUGUCAUGAAAGAAACUUGAAGCAAACAUCUCCACUGAAAGGUCCGGCAAAGAUGAAGUUUACGUAGAGUAUAGUAUAUAAAACAAAUAGUAUAUGCAUACCUUGAUUAACAUAUUUUCUCUAAAAAGCAGAAAAACUCGAUUAAUUAAUUUUUUAUAGUUUUACUCUGAUUUAUUGAAGGAUUUUAUAUAAAUAAUAUUAAUUUUCAGUAGAUUUUCUAUCAUAAAAGUUCAAUUCGAUACAAUUUUCAAUGAAAUACAACUCUCAGACAAUCAUUGUGAACUUGUUUCAUACAAGAAAACACAUUAUACCUACUCAAUCUAAAAUAUAUAUUUGUACUUUUCAUUUUUAUAUGCUUUUUUCAUAUAAUUAAUAUAAAAAUAUACCAUAUUUCUCCUUUUUUCUAUAUUUAAUAAGAGAACAAUGCAUUUUACUUUUAUCAAAAUUCUUUAGGGAUAUUUUUUUUAUCUAUUUCUUAUGUGAUUGUUCUCGUAUUCUUCCUAAAUAAACAAUCACGUGAUAUAUGAGAAAAAAAACAAUUUGUUUUUGCUGAUAGAAUGUAAAAAUCAGCAUAAACUUUAGGUGUACUUAAUGAGUAUUGUACACAUGUUUAUAAUUCUAGUUGUAUUCUGUAAAACGUAAGCUUAUAUAUUAAAUAUGACAGUUUUCAAUGACUCACAGUCUGAUUAACAUUUAAAGAAUUUUGUGAAUAAA